AUGAGUUACUUGCACCGCUACAUCCCUCCCAUCUACGUGGACUUGAACCUGCCUGCAACGCCUUCGAAACACCACGAGGACUCGACUGGGGUCCGAUCCACAGCCCCACCCGCCACUUUCACCUCAGCUCUUGAACAAGCUGCGAGUUCCAAUCCGGACCCUCGUCCGAGCUGCACCAACUCGCUCUUGCUCGACCUGCUCGAGUUCCCCCUCACAGCUAUUGAUCCGAAUUUAGACGGAUCGAAGCACCAGCACGACCUGAACAGCACCGACGGCCAUGACACGCCUCUAGGUGCCACCCACCAGCAGAUCUACCCGCUCCCUACUGGCCACGACGUGCCGUCAAGGGAAAAACAAGAGGUUCUCAAGUCAAAGCAGAGUCGGGACCCAGAAGUACUGGAAGAAGUCAGAGCUUUUCCAGCUGCAGUGUUCACGAACACGACCAUCCUGGCGUCCCGCUCGUCGACAGCCAGCAACCCCUCUCGUCGAGCCAGAAGCAGUGUCAAGGCCUCCUCUCUCAUGACGCAACGGGGCGGUCGCACGUCCCAGUUCUCAGCCAAACAACGUCGGGAACGCCACAAUGCCAACGAGCGACGACGGACCAAUGCAGCUAAAGGUCGAGUGCGCGAGAUGCGCGAGUCGGUGGAUGCCCUUCUGAAUCGUCGGAGCGAGCUCACUGGGUUACGAGAUGCUGAAGCUACUGCCGAUGAGGUGCUACCCCAUCGAAGACGUGUGGAAACCGUCGUCUCUGAAGAUGAUAGCAGUGACCUCAGCUUCAGUAUUCCAGGGAGCUCCACGUACUUGGACCUUGUCAAGGCCGUGGACGAACUCCGCAAUGAGAAACGCUACCUCGAAGAACAACUGGACCAGCUCGACUCGCAGAACAGCGCUCUCCAAGCAGUGCAGACGGAACUUGUGAUCGAUGGGUCAGAACCUCCGACCGUUGUUAAAGCAGAGAAGCGCCGCAAGCGUCAACGUGUGGAAGCUGAUGAUGCACUCUCGGACAGCACCCCUUCGGUCUCCAAGCAGUGCAAGAUGGACACGCUGACAGGGGGGUACUGCAUUGAGACGGAGGCCGUGCCGUCCCACCUGAAGGUGCUCUUCCCCAAGCCCAUGACCUGCGAUGCAGCCUUCAACUGGGUCAAAGAUAGCUACAGCGACAUCAUGAAGCUCAAGUCCCAGCAGAAACAAGACCUCACGGACGCCACUGCCGAGUCGUCGGUUCUUGGCUGGCGUGAAGACAAGCGAGAAGUUUGCAAAGUGGAGGGAGCCGAGGACCGCUACGCCCUCGAACUCAUGCUGACGCAGGAUCUACCGGGUGUUGUCUCGGGCGACCUCGUGUUCAACACGUGGCAGCUCUUGACCUCGUUGGAAACUUUCCAGAAGCUCUUCCCGUUGACAAAGGACCUGGUUGUUCUGCAGACUAUAAACGACGACUGCGUUGUCGUCCGUGUCGGCAUUGCACCAGCUCAUGAUGCUCCGACAGUGCACAGCAUCGUCGUGCUGGCACGGGGUCAGAUUGAUGGGGGCUACCUCGUGAGCAUGCGAUCCGUGCCAAUGUCACUGGGUCAGAAAGCUUUUGCUGCUCAAGAGGACAAGUACUUGCCCGUGUUGGCGUGGUUCAUGUUGCUGGACAAGUACGACAACGAGUACGUGCAGCCCGUGUGCGAGGUCAUUGUUGGCACUUCGAGUCAACACAACUCCGAGCGCGUGCUGCAUGGGUUUGCGACGGAAUUAGUUGCAGGGGUCGUGCGUUGGCAGGACGCAGUGGGUCAAAGAGAGCAGUGGGAGUUCUGA